AAAAGAAGAUAAUUGAAAGGAGGAUGGACUCCAGUGGUGGCAUUUUAUUGCUAGCUUUGCGAGUCUUGGCAAGGAAAGACAAUAACAACAGCCUUCAUAAAGCCCCGACGGACGGGAGGCUGGCAAAGAAGCUCUGAAAGACAGCUCUACACCCACCCCUGCUCUAAACUUUAAAAGAUUUUGCAAGCGGCAAGUACCUGUGCUCAAACAGUUCAUGGCGCUAGCAGCUUCAAGGCUGAGGAGGCCUAAUGCCCGAGGAGAUGGUCCGCCUGUCUUUAGUCACGAGUUUAUAAUACAGAACCACGCGGACAUUGUGUCUUGUGUCUGUGUGGUCGUGUUCUUAGGUUUACUGCCACAGGCUACUAAUUCCAUUGCCUCUAGAUUCAUUUUUUUACAAUACAACGAAACAAUGGAGAUUAAAGAAAACGAUACAGGAGUCGCAUCAUCCCGUAUCGAUAAUAAACCAGCUCCGGUGACAUUCUAUCGCCAUGGUUGGGGGGAUGCUCUGAACGUUGUCUUCUACUCUUUGAUUUGGAUAAUUAUACAUGCCAUCAUACAAGAAUAUAUUUGGGAGCGUACUGUAAAGCGUCUGAGGCUCUCAAAGACUAAAACCAGUAAGUAUCUUGAUUCCGGUAGUAUGCUGGUCUUUUAUGGGAUUUCUCUUGUGAUGGGCGUCGACCACAUAAUGAAAGGGCAGUAUGCUUUGAAUUUUGGCAGUGAGUUAUGGACUGGCUAUCCUCAUACUUUAAUGAAGCUCUCACUCAAAUUCUAUAUGCUCACACAGAUGGCUUUCUGGCUGCACUGCUAUCCUGAGCUGUAUAUUAUGAAAACUAAGAAAGAUGAUGCUUAUUCGAAGAUUGUUUUGUAUACAGUUUCUUUUCUAAUCAUAUUCUCAGCUUACGUGACAUAUCUUCAGAGGUUAGCAGUGGUCCUUCUUGUCAUCCAUUAUAUUGUUGAGUUUGUUUUCAAUGCCUCCUGUCUACUCCAUUAUCACGGUAAAGAUGAGAUUGCUAAACUGAGUUUCAAGUUGUGGUGGUUCCUGUUUCUCUUGGCAAGGAUAACGUCCAUCAUACUAUCAGUGGUCACACUGUGGUUUGGUAUAAAUGAAGCUAACGGUCCUGUACUUUUGUUCAAUAUUAAUCUGACGAGCGUUCCUGUACGUAUGUCCAUUCUUCUGUUCAUCGUCUCUCUCCAGGUGUGGCUCCUACUGGUACUGUACAAGCAUAGGAGGAAGGGGAAGUCUGAAACCACACCUACUCCUGCCCCGCCCACAAAGAAGCCUAAGCCAAAGCCGUCUCCUCGAUCAAACAAAAACAAGAAAGAAUAAGGCGUCCAAUAGGAUUUCAGUUGCUAUAGGAACUACUAUUGAUUAUUAUAAUAAUAACUGCUAUAAAAAUAGUUCUUUUAUUUUUCUGACUUCCAUCUUUCUUCAAUUAUUAAAUAGCAUUA